AUGCAGGACAAGAAGCAGGAGUGCAGGGAUUGUGCGGGUAGGAACCACAGGAAAGAUGGACAAGGAAUUGCACAUCUUGGCACUGCAAUUGGCUUUUUGUUGCCACCUGUUUUGGUUCCAAACACGCCUGAUGAUCUCGAUCUGAUGGCACAUAACAUCAGCAUCAUGUUCUAUGGAACAGCAAUAGUGUCCACACUUUUGUUCUUCUUAACAGGAGUUGUGUUUGAAGAAAAGCCCAUAUACCCUCCUAGUCACUCUCAAGCAGUCCUGCGAACUGUGCCUCCCGAGGAUUACUCCUACAAGCGGUCGAUUAUUAACUUGUUCAAGAAUAUUCCAUUUGUACUUUUGCUGAUCAGUUAUGGUAUUAUGACUGGAGCAUUUUAUUCUGUUUCAACAUUAUUAAAUCAGAUGAUAAUAAGUCAUUAUAAGGGAGAAGAAGUGAACGCUGGGAGAAUUGGCUUGACACUGGUGGUGGCAGGAAUGGUGGGUUCGAUUAUUUGUGGUUUGUGGCUGGAUUACACUAAAACAUACAAGCAAACUACUUUGAUUGUUUACAUUCUCUCUUUCAUUGGGUUGCUGGUAUUUACUUUUACCCUGGACCUCGGAUACCUUAUAGUAGUGUUUGUGACCGGAGGAGUACUUGGGUUCUUCAUGACUGGCUAUCUCCCACUUGGGUUUGAAUUUGCUGUGGAAAUCACAUAUCCAGAGUCUGAAGGCACUUCCUCAGGUCUCCUUAAUGCAUCAGCACAGAUAUUUGGAAUUAUCUUUACACUUGUUCAAGGAAUACUCACAACAGACUACAGUCCUCGUGCAGGAAACCUCUUUCUUAGUGCUUGGAUUUUUGUGGGCAUUAUUUUAACAGCCUUAAUAAAGUCAGAUUUGCGAAGACACAAUGUGAAUUCAGGGAUUCUAAAUUUGGAUGUUAAAGCUGUUCCAGUUGACAGUCCUGUAGAAUCUGAAAGUACUGCAGUAAAAAGUCAGUCAGCUUUAUAA